GUGUUGUAGGCUCAGCUAUGAUGGCAGCCGUAGGUUGACAUCGAUACAAUACUGAAUAUAAACUAUUUAAAAGUUAGCGGAACAGCCCCGACACAAUAACGUAGAACAAAGUAACAGUUUUCAGAUAGUACACGCUUCAAACACACACCCGCCCGGUUUGGGGAACGUGGCACUAUGCCCGCAGCUACUGUGGAUCACAGCCAAAGAAUAUGUGAGGUUUGGGCCAACAACCUGGAGGAGGAGCUGAAGAGGAUCCGACAUGUCAUUCGAAAAUACAACUACAUUGCUAUGGACACAGAGUUUCCAGGUGUAGUAGCCAGACCAAUCGGAGAGUUCAGAAGCAACGCGGACUAUCAGUACCAGUUACUGCGCUGCAAUGUGGAUUUGCUCAAGAUAAUCCAGCUGGGCCUCACGUUUAUGAACGAACAAGGGGAAUACCCUCCAGGAACAUCAACAUGGCAGUUCAAUUUUAAGUUUAACCUCACAGAGGAUAUGUAUGCACAGGACUCCAUUGAGCUCCUGACCACUUCAGGGAUUCAGUUCAAGAAGCAUGAGGACGAAGGCAUCGAGACGCUAUACUUUGCAGAGCUGCUGAUGACAUCAGGAGUGGUGCUCUGCGAUGGGGUCAAGUGGCUGUCUUUUCACAGCGGCUAUGACUUUGGAUACCUGAUCAAGAUUCUGUCCAACGCUAACCUGCCUGAGGAGGAGGUGGACUUUUUCGAGAUUCUUCGUUUGUACUUUCCAGUCAUUUAUGAUGUCAAGUACCUCAUGAAGAGCUGUAAAAACCUGAAGGGCGGGCUGCAGGAAGUAGCUGAACAGCUGGAGCUGGAGAGGAUUGGACCACAGCAUCAGGCCGGCUCCGACUCUUUACUCACAGGCAUGGCUUUCUUCAAGAUGAGAGAGAUGUUCUUUGAGGAUCAUAUCGACGAUGCAAAGUACUGUGGUCACUUGUACGGGCUCGGCUCCGGCUCUGCCUACGUCCAGAACGGAACGGGAAACGCUUACGAAGAGGAGGCUAACAAACAGCAGUCGUGACAUCACUCUGAGCCUCUGCCAUCCUGCAGUUCACAUCCACAAUCAGUGCGGCGCUGAGGCCAAGCUUCGACAGCUGGAUGACAAUAAUAAUGGAAGAACAUGAAACACAUACACAUCGUUUAGCAAGCUGUUUCCCAUAGGCUCUGCCCACCUUAGACAACUGAGUAUGAUGGUCAAAAAAAAAAAAAAACCACAGCUGCCCUCACACACGCCACUGGUGCGUGUGUGUGAGUUUAGUCUUUUAUUCCUCCGAGGCAGCGUAGACAGUCUGGUUGGUUCAGUUUCAUUUAACAUGCUUGAAAAGAUGGGGUUUUAGUUUUCCUAAAAUGUUCUGUAGAAACGUUUUGCACUUUAAAGCUCUAACCUGAUUUUAUAUGGAAAGCUGAAAAUGUUUCUGGUGUCUUUCUCCUCUUUGUUGCCUUCUCUAUGUUCCCAUUUUACAUUGCGAACAUGUAAAUCUUUACUAUCACAACAACUGCUCUCACCACGCUCAGCCUUAAUAUUAGCUGCAUUCUUUUAAACUUUAAUUUAUUGUGCUGGUUAUCUGACAUUGAAGACGCUCCAUUCAAUACUGACACCUCAUGUCAGUACGCUCUUCCUCGAUCGCUUGACAUCUAGUCUGAUAAUGAGAAAGGGAGCUCUCAGUGAGUGUGUUUACAUGCACUUUAAAAGUCAUUGACGUAUUUUUCAUUUGUUCAUAAAAUAAAUAAUGUUUAUAAUAACCUAAAUAAACUCUAAUCCCCCUGUGAGAAGCCUUUAACUAACAAGCUGGUGUAUUGUGCUUGUAGAUGGGACGCUGAAACGCGUGAGCACCAUUUCCUCCGUGUUAUUAGUUGCUGUUUUCCUGUUUGUAUUCAUGAAAAUGCUCAGAAUAGUUGCAUUAAGGAUAUUUACAGUAUGUACCGGGAUGCAUACGAAUGAUUUUCAUCGGGGGAGUGUUUAGUAUUCGUGCAUGUAAACAUCCUCAUUGACACAAGCACACAUCAACGUAUGAACACGGAUGUAUCGCCUCUCAACAUGGUUUUACACUUGAUUUUGACAAAAUUCACCAGAACUCAAAAAACAAUUAUAAAGUAUUGAGAAAAAAAAAAAAAACAUUAGCCUGCUUUCGGACGUGCUGAGGCCGCCCUGAACUACUCUGUUGAGAGUAAAAUUUCAUUUUUAAUUGAAGUUAAGGAUUUGAAGAGUUUUAGUGUUGUAAUAAAAGAAGGAAAAAAACUUUUACUCAUUGGGGGAAAACUAACAUUGUUUUUUAAACAUGUAUCUUUUCUCUCCAGUGCAGUUCAUUUCACUUGUAGUUCUGGCCUUUGAAUGACACUUUUUUUUGUAUUGCUUUCCAGAUUCAUGCUGCCUAGAACAGUCGCAUGUACUAAAACGUUUGAAUAAAUGCUGUGUUGUUGAAUAGUA